UUCUUCCUCAAUAAGAAGAGAUUUAGGGAGUGAGCAUCACGGGGUGGGAAAUAAGCAUCGUGGUCCCCAGAAGUUCUGGACAUUGAGGGACGGUGGGGGAAACAUGAGUGACUCCAAGGAACCAAGGGCGCAGCCGCUGGGCCUCCUGGAAGAGGAAGAGCUGAUAACUAGCGGUAUGAAUUUUUUUCCGAGAAACUUUGGAUUCCGACAGACUCGAGGCUACAAGAGUUUAGCAGGGUGUCUGGGCCACGUGCCCCUGGUGCUGCUGCUCCUCUUCUUCACACUCUUCACUGGGGUCCUGGUGGCCAUCCUUGUCCAAGGUUCCAAGAACUCCAGCUCCCAGAGGCAGGAGCAGUCCAAGCAGGAGGAGAUCUUCCAGGACCUGUCCCAGCUGAAGGCUGCAGUGGAACGCCUGUGCCGCCCCUGUCCCUGGGAAUGGACAUUCUUCCAAGGAAACUGUUACUUCAUAUCUAACUCCCAGCGGAACUGGCACGACUCCAUCACCGCCUGCCAAGAAGUGGGGGCCCAGCUCGUCAUAAUCAAAAGUGCUGAGGAGCAGAACUUUCUACAGCUGCAGUCUUCCAGAAGUAACCGCUUCGCCUGGAUGGGACUUUCAGAUCUAAAUCAGGAAGGCACGUGGCAAUGGGUGGACGGCUCACCUCUGUCAUCCAGCUUCAAGCAGUAUUGGAACAGAGGAGAGCCUAACAAUAUCGGGGAGGAAGACUGUGUGGAAUUUAACGGCAAUGGCUGGAACGACGACAAAUGCAGUGCUGCCAAAUUCUGGAUCUGCAAAAAGUCUGCAGCCUCCUGCUCCAGAGAUGAAGGGCGGCUUCUCCCCUCAGCCUCCAUAUCUCCGACUGCCCAUGCAGUGUAACGGAACUUCACCACUUUUAAGCCAGGGUUCCUUCUCUCCAUCCUUGGACCUUCACAAAAUCUCUGGGACUAUUCUCUAUCAGAUUCUUUAUUUUUGUUUUGUUUUGUGAGAUAGGGUCUCUGUCACCCAGGCUGGAGUACAGUGGCAUGAUCACAGCUCAUUGCAGCCUCAGCCUCCUGGGCUCAAGCGGUUCUCCCACCUCAGCCUCCUGAGUAGCUGGGACCACAGGCACACAUCAAGCCCCACUAAUUUUUACACUUUUUGUAGAGACAAGGUCUUGUUAUGUUGCCCAGGCUGGUCUUGAACUCCUGAGCUCAGGUGAUCUGAUGGUCUUGGCCUCCCAAAGUGCUGGGAUUACAGGCGUAAGCCACUGUGCCUGGCCUCUGUCAAAUUCUUCAUGCCCAUGGGCCUGGGUCCAGUCUGUCCUUCUUCAGAUGCCUCCAAGUUCUCCUGGUGUAGAACUUGUGUUUCUGGUUCAUCUUUGGAGCUUUAUAAGUGACCUGGUGUGGAAUGCCUUUGGAGGGUGGGCUUGGUGUGUUCCAUUAACCUACUCUCUCUUUCUUUUGGAGAUUAGAGUAUUUGGAUUGCUGUGUGUAGCUGCUACGUCCCUUGAGGCUUUAUCUCAUCCGUGCAAACUACCAUCUGCUCAAUUUCUGUCUACCAGCCCCUGAACCCCUUUGAAUGGGGACUUACUGGUUGCCAGAGCUCAUCUUGCAGGCUGGAAGCACCAGGGAAUUAAUUCCCCCGGUCAACCAAUGGCACCCAGAGAGGACAUGGAGGCUCGAUGCAACCCCUUCCACCCCCACAUCCUCCUUUCUUUUAUGCAUCUCUUCCAUUUGGCUGUUUCUAAGUUGUAUCCUUUGUAAUAAACUGGUAAACACUAUA